AUGAGUUCCUCUACUACUACUCAAAAAGUCCCUGUUGUUGUGCCAUCUUCCACUGGCACUGGAAAGUCAGGUAGAACUACCGUCAAGGUCAACACUGAUGUUGUUACCAAGGAUGCCGAUGCUAUCUACUCCAAGUACACCUACCAGAACGCCUCUGUCAAACGUCUCCCUGAGGGUAAAUAUGAAGUCACGCCUACAAAGGUUGAUUAUGAGUUCAAGCUUGAUACCAAGAUCCCCAAGACUGGUAUCAUGCUUGUCGGUCUUGGUGGAAACAACGGCUCUACCUUCACUGCCGCUGUCUUGGCCAACCGCAACAACAUCUCGUUCCACACUAAGAACGGUGUCGUUGAACCCAACUACUUUGGUUCAGUGACUCAGGCCUCUACUAUUUACCUCGGUGUUGAUGAGAAUGGCAAGGAUGUUUAUGCUCCAUUCAACGAGGUCGUUCCUAUGCUCCACCCUAACGAUUUGGUUAUCGGCGGUUGGGACAUUUCCAAGCUUCACUUGGCCGAGUCCAUGAAGCGUGCCAAGGUCUUGGAUUACGAUCUUCAGCGCCAGCUCGUUCCUCUCAUGACCGACAUGGCCCCUCUUCCUUCGGUCUAUUACCCGGAUUUCAUCGCCGCUAAUCAGGGUGAACGUGCUGACAAUGUCAUUCCCGGUACUGACAAGUGGGUUCACGUCGAGCAAAUCCGCAAGGAUAUCCGCGAGUUCAAGAAGAAGAACGGCCUCGAGAAGGUGAUUGUCCUUUGGACCGCCAACACUGAGCGUUACAGCGAGCUGAUUCCUGGUGUGAACGACACUGCUGACAAUCUUUUGGCUGCUGUCAAGGCUUCUCACGAUGAGGUUUCACCUUCCACUGUCUUUGCUAUUGCCAGCAUCUUGGAGGGCGUCCCCUACAUCAACGGAUCUCCUCAGAACACCUUUGUUCCUGGCUGCAUCGAGCUUGCCGAAAAGCACGAGUCUUUCAUUGGUGGUGAUGACUUCAAGUCUGGUCAGACCAAGCUCAAGUCAGUGCUCGCUCAAUACUUGGUCGAUGCUGGUAUCCGCCCUGUUUCGGUUGCAUCCUACAAUCACUUGGGUAAUAACGACGGUUUCAACUUGAGUGCUCCCCAGCAAUUCCGCUCCAAGGAAAUCUCCAAGGCCUCUGUUAUUGACGACAUGAUCGAGAGCAACCACAUUCUUUACAACGACAAGUUGGGUAAGAAGGUUGAUCACUGCAUUGUUAUCAAAUACGUCCCCGCCGUUGGCGAUUCCAAGGUUGCUAUGGACGAAUACUAUUCCGAGCUUAUGUUGGGUGGCCACAACACCGUGUCCAUUCACAACGUUUGUGAGGAUUCGUUGUUGGCUACCCCUCUGAUCAUCGAUCUUGUAGUUAUGACCGAGUUCCUGUCUCGUGUUUCCUACAAGGAAGCCAACGACUCUAAGUAUCUGUCUUUCCACUCGGUUCUUUCCUUCCUUUCCUACUGGCUCAAGGCUCCUCUUGUUCGCCCUGGCUUCGACCCCGUCAACGGCUUGAACAAGCAACGCUCGGCUCUCGAGAACCUCAUCCGCGGCCUCGCCGGCCUUGCCCCUAUCAAUGACCUGAAGUUUGAGGAGCGUUUGCAGUAA